UGAUAGUGUUGUAUCUAAAUAAAUUAAGCUCGCAAAAUAGUUUCUCAGUCGAGUUACCCAAUCAAGCCGAUAAUUGAAUGCUUAAUAAAAAUGUUAAGUAUAAAUUGCUUAAAUAUAAAAUAGCUUAUUUUCAAUGGUGAACAUCAUCUCUCUCUUGUCUUCAUUUAAAGACCUGAAAUUUCUAUUACUCAGAAAAUGCUUAGACUCAGAAUUAUUCAUGUAUACUAUGAAAAUAACGUUGUAAAUUGAGAAAAAUUAUUUAUAUAACAUAAAUGUGAAGAUGAACGAAUCCACAGUUUAGCUGAAGUCGAACGUAAACGUAUGCAAAAUCUGGAAGCAGAAACUGAACUAAAACAGAUACAUUUAUGUUUAAAGAGAGAACCUAAAUGUCACACUAAGAAACUGACCAGGAAAACUGUAAACCCAUCCAUAGAUUGGAUGGAAACCCAGAAACCCGGGAUGCAUCCCCCACCCGAUUCAAACAAAUGCAAAAAAAUAAAAGAUGAUGAUCUAUUAGCUAAGGCAGAAACCGACAUUUACAACCAAACAGAUAAGGAUCCAAAAACCGGAUAUACUGAUGUAAACCAUUCAAAUCGGCUAAAAGAAUUAGAUCCAGAUGCAUGCUUACAUUUACCUCUUGGUUUGGUAAGAAAUCCUACUCCAAGAACAAAGAAGUUUUUAUCAUCCGAGACCAAUGAAUCACUUUAUGCUACGGCAAAUCAGAUAGUUUAUUCAUCAUCUGAUGAUCAAGCACAGAAACGCUGA